GUAUUAUUUUUAUUUAUUUAUUUAUUUAUUUAUUUUUAUUAUUAUUACUAUUUUUUUUCCUGCCAAUCUACUGCCCGCACUCCAGUCCAGUGGGUGGCGGUAAUGCACCUUUAGUGGUUUGCCAACCGCCAUUAAAAACAAAAACAAGAAGAAGAAGAAGCACUUCCGGCCGGAAGUAAACCAGUUUCAGCCAGUUUGCGCUUUUAGCAUUAUAGCGAUAAGGCGACUUUGUUGAUCAAAGUAUUUAUUUCGAUAUAUAACCAGCGGAGUUAAUCAAUCGAUAAGACCGGGUCAUAUUGAAAAAAUAUGGACAGAAUAAAAGACCGGUUUAAGGCGGAUAAAGAAAAAAAUCUACAAUUUAAAAGAAGUUGAAGAUGUUUACUGGGGACUUUGAGGACAGGCUUUCAACAUCAGCACCACUCACCUCCGUCUCAUCGUCCACGUCCCACCCAGCUCCGUCUCAGGAUCUGCUCUAGCCUGGCCUUCACCGCAUCCGACUCCAGCAGCGAUCACAUCAGGCGUCUCCAUGGGUGGAAACGAAGGCGGAGGACGCGGAGACCGAUGGAGCCUCUUCGGGAUGCGUCCCACCGUGCAGAAAUCCCCCACCGACCCCGGCUCCGAUUCCAACACCUCGGGAGGUUUCAACCUGCAGUCGUGCUUCGGGCUUCAGAAGUCCACCACCCUGGACGGCAUCAAGACCCAAGUGAACCUCGCGGUCGAAGACCCCGCCAACUUCAAGUCUUCCAACCUGGAGGUGACCGGAGCGGAGGGAAAAAAGGCAUCUGCGCAUAAACUCAAACAUCGCGACAUGAACGUUCUCACUCCGUCCGGCUUCUGACAUCGGCGUCCGCUUCGUCUUCUUUUCCCCCCUCCGCUCAGGUCGCUCACACACUCACUCCGCACAAACUUUCACACACACACACUGAAUACAGGUCAAAUCAUUCAGCCAGACGUUUGUAUCCGUCUCCGAUGCCAAAUUUCUUUCGAAACUCAGACACAUGUAACCCGAAUUGAACCGAGUUUCAGCUUUACUGUGAUCGUGAUGGUGCAGUGUCACAUGACAACCGAAAUACAUCUGCUUUAUCUCUGAAUGUCCUCCAUUUUAUUGUGCUCCAGUCAGAUCGUAUUAAACAGGGUAUCACGCUGCCGCGCAAGAAACCUGCUUUAACAGCACGCCGACGUUACGAGGAAUCUUUUUGUAAAUAGUACCGACGUUCCGUUCAAACCGUGCCGCGUUAUCGUUUCGCGAGGCGUUCGUUGCUCGUCCAUCCAUAGAACUUUUUUUUUUUUUGCGGUCUAUAUUUCUAUCUAUGCAGUCCAGGGUCGUUACGGCGUCACAGUUUCACGGUGGACUUUAAAAAAAAAAAAAAAAAAAAAAAAAUUUUUAUUUAUUUAUUACAAUACAGAAUCACAUUCCCGUACUGUUUUGAUGUACGACCCCCAAUCCCCAAAAAAGUUGGGACGCUGUCUCAAAACAGAAUGCAACGAUUUGCAAAUCUCAUAAAAACACACGUUAUUCACAAUAGAACAUAUCAAGCGUUUAAACCGAGGAAAUGUACCGUAGUACGGGUUUCUGAAUUCGAUGGCUCCGACACGUCUCGAAAAAAGUCGGGACGGGGGCAACCAAAGGCUGGGAAAGUAAGUGUCAGUAAAAAGAAACAGCAGGAAGUUCAUUGGGAACAGGUCACGAGUGCGUGUUUUUUUUUUUUUUAUGGGCGGGAGCAUCGCGACGUGUUUAGAUCGAAACGCCCGCUUGCAAAUUUCAACGGAUUGCAGCGUUGAUACGGUAUGAUUUUUCUCUCCAGGAUUUUGUUUGUUUAUUUAUUUAUUCAUUUUAACAGAUGCAUACGCCUGGAAAGACUUCACCACGUUUAACCUCCUACAGAUUCCGUCGUAUCCUUUGUUUCAUAUUCAGGUGACUUACUAAUGAUCAAGAGCAACUCACACGGUGUGUAUAUAUAUAGAUAUACAUAUAUACACACACACACACACACUACCGGUCAAAAGUUUAGACACACUCAUUCUGUAUUCAAAUUUUUUACCACACAUUUUAGAAUAAUAAUAAUAAUAAAGUCAUCAAAACUCUGGAGUAACACAAGUGGAGCUAUGGGAAUUAUGUUGUGAUUAAAAUCCCAAAUAAAUCUAAAUAAUUGAGUAUUUUAGCGUCUUCAAAGUCGACGCCCUUUUUGUCUAGAAUUUCCAGAAAUGUAUUCUUGGCAUUUUCCCGAGCGAUUUCUUGAGGAAUUUCCCCGAGACGUUUUUUUUUUAAACAGUAUUAAAGGAGUUCACACCGACGCCGGACUCUUAUCUCCUGCUUUUCGGAAUAUUUCUCUCCGAGCCGUCCGUUUAAAAUAAAUAUUUAUCUUGUAAAUAAAAUGUUAGUUUUCUAACGAAAGAAACGAACACGUCGGGGCGAUGAUAUUUCCGUCUACGACACCGGUUUCACACGUUUAAUCACGCACCUUCCGAUCAAAAGCGUUUUAACAUCACGAGAAACGUUUCAGUCGAGUGUCCACAAACUUUUGACCGGCAGUGUAGUAAAGGUUAAAUACCGUAUUAAAACGAGCUCUGUGUGUUGUGUGAUGAGCACGCGCACGUCAUGGUGGUUUAUCCCUCUACACGCUCGUACAAAUGACAUCCUGAACACGUCUACGUGUAACAAGACGGACGCGGUUUUUAAAUGUCCGAUACGCGCCGUGAUACCGUGACGUUUUCGGACACGCCCGGUACAGACGCCACGUCUUGGUUACACCAGCGCCGGAGUCCCUCGUACUGUUCUGCGUGCUGGGCGUGCUGAUAAAACAGGUUCAUAGCGUCCCAGCGCUCACUCGCUCGUGUCCGCCGACCGUGUGAGAUGGAGGUGUCCCCUGGUCCCUGCGUCCAUAAGCAAUAGCAUUUCACAGGAUGGCGUUAUAUAUUAAAUGCAUAUUAAAGUACUGCGCUGUUUUAUUUGUAUUGUUUUUAAACACCAACCCAUUUUCUCAUUCCCGUUUUUCUUUUUUUUUUUUCUUUUUCCUAGACAUUUCUAGACACCCUGUGACUGAAACCCAUUUUGUAUCUCAGUUCCUGCUCUGAUCUAUAUAUUAUAUAUUAUAUAUUUAUCACACUAAUUGCUUUUGUAGUGAUGUUUUUUUUUUUAAAGUAUUUUUUUUUUCCAUUCACUUAAAUGUUACAACUAGUGAAAUUACUACUUUUUUGCAUUCCAGUUUAUACACAAACACACACACAUUUCAUGUUUUUGUUUUGCAUAAAGAUUUAUCUGCCAUGCAGCUGUUCAGUUUGAGUCUGAUGCCUCGAAUAAAGUUUGAAGUCAAGUCACAGAG